ACACCAAGUAACUUGUUUGCUACAGGAGAAGGGAGACAUAGCUAACUAUCACAGAUCUAUUUGAUAUAUUAAUUGUCAUGUACAGAUGCAUACUGAGGCGUUUGAGUAUCGAGGGUUGUGUCGAUGUGUCCUCAUGCCUACGACAACAAAGGGUCUCGGAUAAAAAGUGGAGUGUUUUUACUCGAAGUCGACUUCACCACCGGUGUAUCCAUUCAUGGAUAUCACCAGUAACAGCGGAUCGGGGGCAACCUUUGACACACUUCUUGUCUGCACCAAUUAUGCACCAGCAAACACAGUCCAAGUCCAUGAGCAUUGCGCGAAGAAAGCGUCUACCCAGUGCCUUUCCAGUCGUAAAAGGAGCCCUACACCCAAUUCAGAAUCACGUAUUUGAACUAAACUUCAAGAACAGCCUGGUCUGCCAAGAGCGAUAUCAUAAAUAUGUUGCGCAGGUGCAAAAGGGGGGUGGCGAGAAUGCGGUUCUGCGUCACACACAGAGAAACAAAAAGCUCUUGGUCAGAGAUCGCCUUCGCAGGUUGCUUGAUGAUGAAGACUACCUAGAGUUGUCCCCUUUCGCAGGGCUGGGACUACCCUACGGUGACAUUCCCUCGGCUGGCUGUCUAACUGGCAUUGGCAGGAUCAAUGGACUAUGGUGUGUGUUCAUAGCCAACGACGCCACUGUGAAGGGUGGCACUGCAUACCCUAUUACUGUCAAGAAGCAGCUCCGGGCCCAAGAUGUAGCCAUGCAGAACCGGCUGCCCUGUGUGUACUUAGUGGACAGUGGUGGGGCCUUUCUCCCUCUGCAGUCAGAAAUCUUCCCUGACAAAAACCAAGGAGGACGCACUUUCUACAACGAAGCAGUAAUGUCUGCUAUGAAAAUACCCCAGGUGGCGAUAGUUUGUGGCUCCUGCACUGCAGGUGGUGCCUACAUUCCCACCAUGGCCGAGGAGACGGUGAUGGUUCACAAGAUCGGAACCAUCUUCCUCGGGGGCCCCCCGCUGGUGAAGGCGGCUACAGGGGAGGAGGUCACCCCAGAGGACCUGGGUGGAGCGCGCCUGCAUGCAGAAGUGAGUGGCUGCGUGGACCACUUUGCCACCGUGGAGCAGGACGCCUUCGAGGCCACCAGGAACAUCAUCUCCACCCUGAACUUUGAACUCCCGGAGGAGGACGAGGCCGGGCUCGUGGAAGAGCCUCUGCACAGCUCUGGCGACCUGCUGGGCCUUGCUCCCAAGACCUACCACCACAGCCUGGACGCCAAGCUGAUUGUGAGUCGACUCACAGAUGGCAGUAAGUUCCAGGAGUUCAAAGCUCGGUACGGAACCACUCUUCUCACGGGUUUUGGCAGAAUUGACGGGCAUCUGGUGGGCAUUGUUGCAAACAAUGGCGAGCUCACAUGUGAAGCUUCGUUGAAGGGCACCCACUUUGUUUCGCUGUGUGAUCAGAGGGAUGUCCCGCUCAUAUUCCUCCAGAACACGGCCCCACACUCUGGGCUGACGCUGUCCACGGACAAGGCCGAGGCGAACACUAACCGUCUGAAGGCUCAGGGUUCCAUGAUGUCUGCGGUGGCCUGCGCCUCCACGCCGAGAAUCACUGUGGUGAUCGGGGGUUGCCAUGGCGCUGACAGCUAUGCCAUGUGUGGACGGGCAUUUGACCCCAACUUCCUGUUCCUGUGGCCCAACGCCAGGGUGUCCCUGGUGGCGCCCGGAUGUUCUGAAGCUCUCGGGCACGAGGAAGAGGAGGCUGUGCAGCUCGACAAAAAGCUGGAGGAUGAGAGCAGUGCGUUCUUCUCCUCUGGGAGGUUGUGGGACGACGGAGUGAUUCUGCCCCAGGACACCAGGAAGAUAUUGAGCAACUGUUUGAAAAUCAUCAAACAACAAGACUACCAGAUUUCCAAGGAAAAGCAGCGGACGCCAUUACUUCGACUGUAGCUCUACCUCAAUUACCACAGGGAAUCAUUUCUCUGCAAGUUUUAGAAGACUUCAUUUUUAACACCUAAGUGCUAAUCCUUUCAACUGUAUACCUGUAAUUUAUAAGCCAACAAAAGACAAUGCAAUAUUUGUUAUGUAAAGAAUAAAGUAAAUUCUUUGUAAUUAA